AUGAAGCUGGCACCCGAGCUGCGCUUGAACAUCUACGAUGCUCUUCUCGAGACGUCGCCAAAGUCGGUGGGCUUGCGCAUGUGGGCCGAGGGCACUCUUUGUGCAUCCAUUACCGAAAGUCAUCGUGGCACGGGAGACGAUGCAGUUGCUUUAAUGAAGUGUUGCACACAAGUCCAUUCCGAGAUGGCACUUGUGCUAAGGAAGCGGCUCUCCUUCACCGUGCUCCUCUUCAGCGAGCCACAACCCGCCCACAAUUUCCUCGACUUCAAGGAAGUCAGCGACGCAGUACUUCGCGUACCCAUCAAAAGCGUCAGCAUCUCGAUCUGCAUCCAAGGCAAGGCUGGAUGUGAGGCCGCGACUCCCAACAUUCGCGCCUUGGCCGCUGUUCUAGUCUCUCCGAAGAAUCUCACGAUCACCAAGCUCGACGCCAGCGACACCAACAUCAGUCGUUCUGCACUCGAGAAUCCAGUCGUGGCUACGGCAUGCAAAGCUUUUAAGGCGUUCAGAGUGGCGGACAACCUCAUGUUCCGCUGUUGGGGCACUGAAUCUGAAGUUUUGGGUUCGGGAACACCAGUACUACGGCAGGGAGGAGGUUUUCAAGUGGGAGGAGCUGGUGGCGAAGUUGGCCUGAUGACUGAGGGCACAGAUGCAGGACGAAAGUUCUGA